AGGCUUACAACUCUGUCUCUCGCUCUCCCUUUAGAAGAAAUGCUAUCCGUGACGGUGUGUUAGACACAUCAACACAAUAGCUGUUUUUAUUUAUUAUUUAAAGCACUAUUUUUAAAACGGGAUAGAAAAAUAAAAGGGGCUUUGCCAUGCUGGAUAAUGGCAUAUAUAUGUAUUUUUUUACCUGAACAGAAAAGAGAAGAAUAUUGCCCGAUGGCUCGUAAGAUUGCCUGCUGACAGCUGUACACGCCGCCACUUUGUGUCUGCACGAUGGCGACCGAUUUGGAGACUCCGACCACCUGUGCGGUGUCGAACCAGGGCCUCGAGCCAGACGAGGACGAGGAGCACUGGCUAUACGGGGAUGAAAAUCCAAGCAAACAAGAUGAAACGUCUCUACUUGGGUUUGGAAGUUCCUCUCAGCCUUUGCAGGAUGCUUCACAAGAAAUCCAAAUUAGUAGUCUUGAGGACAGAGAGAACACAGAACCAGUUGCUCAAAGUGGUGAAGAUGAUGAAGGGGAAGAAGACAGUGAAAGCGAUAGUGAUGAUGAUGAUGUGAAAGUCACCAUUGGAAAUAUUAAAACAGGAGCUCCAUCUUACAUGGGCACCCCAAUGAACUUAAAUCUAAAGACGGGACGUGGGUAUGGACCUUCUGUAACAAACAAGCUGCAGCCAAAAGGCAUAGAUUUGGAGGCUUCAGGAAACAUCAGUGGACUACCAGUGUUAGAAGUGGAUUUGGAUUCCUUUGAAGACAAGCCAUGGAGGAAACCAGGGGCUGACCUUUCUGACUACUUUAACUAUGGCUUCAAUGAAGACACUUGGAAAGCUUAUUGUGAAAAGCAGAGGAGGCUUCAGCUGGGCCUGGAACCAAAUCUUCCAAACAACACAGAGAAUAAAAUUACAGUUCAGCAGGGCAGAACUGGCAACACCGAAAAAGAACCAGAGCCUGUGACCAAGCAGGAAUUCAUACAAGAAUUUGCAUCUCCUACUGGAGGCAGAGUGAAAGCUGGUCCCCCACCAAAUAGAAAGUUGGGUGGAACAAUUGAUGUAAUUGGUGGGCAGACUGGAGCCAUACGAAGAGUUGAAGGGAGGAGGAGGGAGAAGCAUGGAUCUGAGGAGAAUCCAAUCCAGGUUCUUGGAGACCACGGAAACAAGACACAGCAAUUUACACCGUCCAGCGGGCCUCCUCCACCACCUCCUCCCAUUGCUGCACCUCCACCCCCACACUUCUUGCAACCUCCUCCUCCCAUUACCAGUGUUCCUCCUCCACUGCACCCUCCAGGAAUGCCCCCACCAACUAUUCCAGGAUUAUUUCCACCGCCGAUGGCUCCUCCCCCUUCUCUUCUGAUCCCCACACUGGACGGAAGUCAAACAUCUGCUUAUAGUAAUCGGCCACCACCUCCAUAUGGCUACACUUCUGGAGAUUCCAGCUUUGUCAGCUAUCCUCCAAUUUCCUCUUCCCACACUUCUUGGGUAACAAGCGAUAACAGUAGCAGCAAUUCCAACAACAACCACUGGGAGUACCAAGGAUCACGCAGAGACAGAGAAAGGGACCGAGAUCGGGACCGAGAUCGAGACAGAGAAAGAGAUCGAGACAGAGACCGCACGCCAGCUGGCAAUGAAUAUAACAAUGAAGAUGAACGCUAUCGAUACUACAGUCGGGAGCGGAGUUAUGAAUAUGAACGCGAGUAUCAUCAUGUUCGGGAUCGCAGCAGAGACCGAGAGGAACGGCACCGUGAGCGACGGCAUCGUGACAAAGAUGAAAGUAAACACAAAUCUUCCAGGAGAAAGCAGCAUGAAGGUGAGGAAGGAGAAAGUCAUAGACGUCACAAACACAAGAAAAACAAACGAAGUAAAGAGGAAAAAGAGGCCAAUGAAGAAAACACUGGUGAUGGAGAAGAACUAGACAGCAAAGAGCACUAAAUGUUGCUACUGACUGUUUCAAACUCCAACCUCUGAGACAUCGAGAGGCAUCCACCGAUAUUAGGAUACCAUUAUGACAUUAGCGAUUAGGUUUCAGAGCAUUCUCAUUUUAGACAACUUUAUACUAUCACUUGUGAAGAAAAUGAUAUGCUGCCUAAAGCAUUUGAUGCAGCAAGGAACGGCCAUGUAAGUAUUCCGCGGUUGCAUUAAAUUCAUAAUUUGUGGAACAGUAUGGAUCCAGACUGAGAUGAUAGCAUUUGAUCUGUCUUGCAUAAUCAUGAAUACUGACAUGUUGUAGCAUGCAGCAUUAAAGUCGUUGUGUUUGUUUUAAAUUUCA